ACGCAUGCGCAGGUGCUAUUCCUGUCUAAAUCGGGAGAUACGUCGACGUUAUUGAAUCGCCAUUUUAGAAAGAAGGAGAGCUGUUUGGAACAACAGCAGUCAGUUAGCUACGUGCUUCAACGUUAUAGUACAUAUUUUUAUUUUAUCCAGUGAUCCUACAACGCAGAAAUGUCUCGGGACAGAUUUAACCUUAACGUUAGAGGAAAUAAUCGUGGAGUUGGAUUUCAACGCCGGGGAGGUGCUGGCCCGAUGCGAGGUGGAAUGGGUAACAUGAAUAAUUUCAGACAAAACCAACACCCUUUUCAAAGAGGGCCUCAUCCCGGUAACUUUGGAAAACCACCCAACCAGAUACCUCAGAUAACCCCUCAGAAGCCACCCGCACCAACUCUUUCCCAGCCAGGCGCUCAAGCGAUUCGGCCACCACCUACUCCUGGCCCUGCGCUAACCAUGAAGGGCCCCAUACAGCAACAGCAGGCCGCUGCCACAGUAGCUCCGGCCACCGCAGCAGCAGCAACUCCGACGGCCGCAGCAGCAGCAACUCCGAAGGCCGCAGCAGCAGCAACUCCGAUGGCCGCACCUCCCGCGGCCGCAGCAACAGCGCCUGCGGCUCAACCAAAAAUGCAGUCCCCACCUCCGAAGCCUGUUCCUCCGAAACCCGCACUUUCAUCUCCCCCACCAAACCAAAUAAAAAAAAACGCUUUCUCAUCUCCCCCACCAAACCAGAUGAAUAGGAACCAGCAAAGACCAGGACCCGGCAACGCCAAUGGGAAUGGGAAUAAAUCUGCACCCGCGAACAAAAAACCUGAACCUCAAACGCAGAAGAACACUUCAAAUGAGGCCGAGGAAGCCCACCCCCCCAAUGAGUUGAGAGCGACAUUGUCCUCGUUGCGCAGACCUGGCGAGAAGACAUACACUCAACGAUGCCGCCUUUUCAUUGGAAACCUUCCCAACGAUAUCUCAGAUGACACAUUCAAGAAGCUGUUUGCAAAGUAUGGCGAGCCCAGUGAGAUUUUCAUCAACAAAAACAAAGGCUUUGGCUUCAUACGCCUUGAAUCCCGUGCAUUGGCUGAGAUAGCUAAAGCUGAGUUGGAUGAUGUACCCAUGAAAGGCAGACCGCUUCGGGUGCGCUUUGCAACUCACUCGGCUGCACUGUCUGUGAAGAAUUUAUCACCUUUUGUUUCCAAUGAGCUACUGGAGGAGGCCUUUUCCCAGUUUGGAGUGGUGGAGAGGGCUGUGGUAAUUGUAGAUGAUCGCGGGCGCUCCACUGGCAAGGGCAUUGUCGAAUUUGCCUCUAAACCUGCUGCACGAAAGGCCCUGGAUCGUUGCAAUGAUGGAGUCUUCUUGCUCACCACGUCGCCUCGUCCAAUCGUCGUUGAGCCCCUUGAACAAUACGAUGAUGAGGAUGGUCUGCCAGAGAAACUGGCACAGAAGAACCACAACUAUCAUAAGGAGCGGGAGGAGCCUCCCAGGUUUGCCCGUCCUGGCACUUUUGAGUUUGAGUACUCUAAGCGUUGGAAGUCCCUGGAUGACAUGGAGAAGCAGCAGCGACAGCAAGUGGAGAAGAACAUCCGCGAAGCCCGUGAGAAACUGGAGGGCGAGAUGGACGAUGCUUUCCAUGUGCACCAGGCCAACAUGAUCCGCCAAGAUCUGCUGAGGCGUGAGGAGGAGCUACGACGCAUGGAGGAGAUGCACAGUGCGGAGAUGCAGAAGAGGAAAGAGAUGCAGCUCAGGCAGGAGGAGGAACGUCGCAUACGUGAGGAGGAGACGCUCCGCCAGAGGGAGAUUGAGGAGCAAAUCCGGCGCAAGCGGGAGGAGGCCUACAGAAGUGGGAACUUCAUGGACAAUAGGGAUAUGAGAUUGACUCAGGGUGGCGCCAUGGGCAUGGCUGACAAUCAAUUUGGCUCACCCAACCAGAAGUUCCCCAUGGGACUCCAAGGCAUGGGUGUACCUAACGCUGGGGGAGCCAUGAUGCCCAACGAAAUGCGCAACGAGCGGAACUUCCCUCAGGGAGGCCGGGGGGCAAUGGGUCCUAACAACCAAGGGUUUGGCAGGGUCCGUGAGGAGUUUGAUGGGCCUGCCAAGAAGCCCCGCUUUUAAAUCUUUUCAGUGUCCCUCAUAGCAGUGUUUUUGUGUAGGUUCUCUGAACAUCUUCACAUUGAGUCAUUGUUAUAUUUAAGUUGAAAGUGUUCUUGCACUUUAGCCGGAGUACUCAUUCAUUUUAUGGCAAGUUAGGUUUUUCUUUUUUUCUUUUGUAUUUGUAGUGUGAAAUUGAUGAAUUGGUCACCCUCAGUAAUCACAUAGCGCUAUCCCACCUAAUGUAUAACUUUCUUUCCAGUUGUAUCGUGCCCGUGUCGUAAAUGGUGAUAAGUGUAAACUUUUCUCACCUUUCUAUGGCUGUGUUUUGUGCCAUUUAAGAUUUGAACUAAAAACAUGUAACUUUACAAUAAAGACCUAAUUUGGUUCUUUCCAAACCUUCUUAAAGUUUAUUUUAACCCAAUUUUGAGUCGUUAUCCUAAAUAAGCCCAGCAAGAGUUGACAAGCCUUUUUCCCUAGAUGUUUAUUAUGUUGGGCGCCGGGGGUGAACAGCAACUUUAUAAUGUAAAUGAUCACCAUGUGAACUAAAUGGAACAACAUAUGCAUACUGGACAGUAUUGAUUAAGAAAGUUGACAUUUUAGAGCACAAUUAGGUCUAGUAGAAAUUGUACUUUUGGGGCCCUAUUUUGACAAUGAAAAUGAGCAGUGCUGGUGUCAAACGCGAUUAAUGCUACUAGAAUAGUUUGUUUAUAAAAAUACCAGAUUUUUAAAAUUCCCUUUGACUUUUACGACUUAAAUUAAUGAUUGUUUUAAAAGUAUAAUUUUUGUCUAGCUCUAAAUGAAGUGUUAUGGUUUUUGACAACUGUUCUGCUUUCUUUGCGUUGACAAAAAGGUAGUAUGUUUGGCUCGUGUAUUGUUCCCAAGUCGGCUACAUAUUAUUGAACAGAGGUUGAAAGUCCUCUUAGACCACAUUUAACAUCUCAAAGCAUUCAUCCACUGUCUCUUGAUAUUGCAUCAUUCAAUCUGUUUAAUUGGAAUGUAUAUCAUACACGAAUGUAUGAAAACGAUUUAAGAAUGUUACCCUAAAUAAUUCCAGUUUCAGCCACUGUCUGACAGAUGUUCUUAGGUCAUAAUUCAAAUGGCCAUGUUAUUAUGAGAAACAGGAACUGUGAGAGAAGUGGUACCCUUCAAGCUACCGUAGAACUUUUCAGCCUUCCACUUUGUCCAUUUUAUUUAUGGCUCCUUCGCUGAAUUUCUUUAGUGUCUUUCAUAGCCUAAGUACUGAUAAACCAACAGGGAUGUGAACUGAUUCAUUCCAGUGACUAUAGUCACUUUGAAGUUUCACAUUAACAGAUUGUUACAGCUAGGUCUGAAACAUCAUUAAAGGGAUAGCUUGGGGUUUUAGCAAUGAAGACCUUUAUCAUAUUCCCCAGGGUCUGAUUAAUUUCUGCCUACCAUUUUACUUCCAUUAAGAAUAAAGUUAGAGGUAGUUUUGUGAGCCAGUGCUAACUAGUGCUAGCUUAGUGCAAAGACGAAUUCUUGAGGAUGCUAGCUGUACCUGUACUUCCAGUCCUUGCGCUAAGCUAGUUAGCAUUUCCUCCCAAAAUGACCUCUUAUACUGGACGCAGAGACUAACUUGUGACCACCAUUUUACGUCUCACUGGGGAAGUAUAUAAAGAGCUUCAUUGCUAAAACCCCAAGCUAUCCCUUUUAGGAUUAGGGCACAUUGUUUAAAAACUGUCAACAUUAUCUUUCACGCAUUUAUGAAGAUUUAUGUUGAGAUAUGAAAACACCAGCCCCUUGCAAUACAUUUUCUUGAUUUUUAAGACUGCUCGAUUAGACUUCUAAAUCUGUGAGACUUAAGACACAGCACACCAAAGGGUAGAUAUGUCAGCGAUGUAAGCAACAACAAAAAAAAGAUAUAUAAUUACAAAGAAAGCUACAGAGAAUGGAGAACAUUGUCCGUGUAGUUACAUUUUUAUUUAUUGAAGAUCAAACUUGUGCUCCUACGAGAUGUUUAAAAAUAAUCUCAUCCAUAUUUUUUACAUCGCUGUUGAAAUUGCACUAGUCACUAUGUACUUGAACUCAAUAGGCUCUUAGAAUUUUGUCAAUUUCAAACAAUUACAGCACAAAGAUUGAUUGUGGUUGUGCUCAAUGUUACUCAAAUGACUACAAACAGUUUAUCAAAACAGUUGUCUAAACAAAUCUGAUUGGAUACCUUAACACAAGUAAUGUAUACCAUAAAACAUUCAAUGUUAUUCCUGUAUGUUUGUUUUGUGUACAUUUCUUCUUUGACAGGUUUGGCCACUUUAAAGGUUGCAGUGUGUAAGGAGACAUUUCUAAAACAAGAAGUCCUAGGCCUAACUGAGUUGCACUUAAUACAGUUUACUCCCGUGACUUGUCUUACACAGACCAACCUGAUGAAGAGUCUUGCCUUAGUGAAGAGUUUUCAGCAGUUUUCAGUAAUGUAACAGGGAUUCCAGUUGGUGAAAUGGUUGUUUGAUUAACAGAACAGUAAAUAGCAACCCCCUGUGACUGAAAUCGGAACUGACACCCCAUCUAAAAUUCUAACUGGGUGUUGUCAACGUGUCUAGGUGAUUUGGAAUACAAUGAAUGAAGCCAGUUUGCCAGAAUGGCUGACUAACAAGAAGACUGGAUCUGGCUGUGUUUCAUAGGGUGUAUGUUUCUAGGUGAACUUUUAGUCAGCUCUUCCUGGACUACUCACCAUGUUGGUCAACUUGCUAUAGUAAUGUUGACCUACAGUCAACUCGGUGGGAUGUAGGCCUAGAAGUAACAAUGUACUGGGAAAGAAAGAUCAGACUCAUUUUAAAAUAAAAUUUCAACUCAAUCUGUGGUGAUCUUAUGUUAACAAAGGCAAUGACCACAGUUGCUUUGGGCUGUUUUUACAGGCAGCCCAAUUCUGAUAUUUUCCCCACUAAUUGCUCUUUCGACCAAUCACAUCAGAUCUUUUCAGAGCUGAUCUGAUUGGUCAGAAGACUAAUUAGUGGGUGAUAAAGUUUAAGAAUUGGGCUGCCUGCCUAAACUCAGCCAUGUCAUACUGUUUGCAGAUGGAAUCACAGAUCAGGACACAAACUAAUGGUUAAAAUAAAUGUAGCUAGCUUUGUUUAUGCACCUGUAGUGGGAAUGUAGAUCACCCCUUAGUUAGUUUUAUAUAUAUAUUUGUUGUCCUGGCUUUAUAUGGAUUAUUGAAGUACUCUGAAAUAGUUGCCAGACUUGUAUAACCGAUGGAAGUCUAUAGUAGAACUUCCCCUUAUUCCCCGUCACCAUUCAGCAGACUGAGGAGACCUGCGUACCUAUAAGGAGUGAGAAGCUUGUCUUUGUCAAGUGUCUUGAGUGCAUGGGCGUGCAGUAGCUGUGCAAUAAAAUCCAACAGCCAGCCUGCCCCAUUCCACAGUAGAGGCUCCAAGUAAAGGCUCCGGCAGUUGGUUACGUUGAGGAUGAGUAGUUCUGCAGAAGUCAGUGGACAGUAGAGCCUGGACUUGUGUGCAGCGAGAGGUAUGCUUACAGAGCCACUGAAAAGGUAAGUGUUCCUGUUCAUGAUUUGUUUAAAUGCCAAACAUGUACUGCUCUAACUUCCUCUGUCACCUGACGUGAUGUGACAGUACAGGGGUUCUGGCAUCACACUUCUGAAAAAUGGAAUCACAGUGCAGUACUCAUUCCUCCCUCCGUAUGUGAACGUGUGGCAAUGUGUUUUUAGCCUGUGCAUUAUCUGGUAUUUUUCCUUCAUUUCUGACUGAAGCUGGUCUCUGUAUGAAACAAACUGUAUAUGGACUGCUGUGUCACUGGCUCAACAAAUAGUGUGUGAUACCCACAACUUGACUUUGGUUCAAUCAACACAACUCCUUUUGUUGAGACUUCUUUCAAGCUGUAAUGACAAGUGCAAUGGGGGGGGGGGUGUUACUGGCAAUAGUUUUUUUGACAUUGAAUUAUCUGGUUCCUUGGCCCUGUAGAAGGGAAUUUUGGUUGUUGGUGGGGAUCUUUAUUGUUGAUCUUCACCUCCUGUUUAAUCAAGUAAUAGAGGAAGCAAUUUGUGAAGCUUGUCCAAUGUUUGCCUAAUAUUAUAACAUAAUUUAUUUUGCCUUUAUUGCAAACCUUCGUAAAUCAUGUAGACCAAGGCCAAAAUGUAGCCGCUAAGGUGUAUCGUAGUACUCGAGCACAGGACUCUGACUCAAGUCGGACUAGUUAUUUUCAAUACAGAAACGAUAGCUCGACUCAAGCAAUAUUCAGCACUAGACUUUUUGUGUGUGUGUCGAGGGAUGUGAGAAUCAAGUGGACUGGCUUUUUUUGGACGUCUACAGUGCAACACUGGCAAGUGAUAUUUGCCCAGUCGAUUCAAUGUUACGGCAAAGAAACUCCUUAAAGACCCCUAACAAGUAAUUGUCAAUGUAUUUUAUCAGCGCUUCAGACUUGCUAUGUCCGAAUACCCAUACUAGCGUACUAUGUGCUUAAACUGCAUACUAUUUAGCACGUACCUUUUAGUAAUAAGUAUGCCACAGUCGCAACGCAAUAGUGGCUCGUGACUGGCUGAGUAGGUGGGACGGGGCCGAGUGCGGGUGGGUUUUUCCAGCCUGAUAAUAGCACAUUUUUGAUACAUUUCUCAUCUCUGAAUAGGAAUGGCGUAAUAUGCCUACUCAGGAUGGUUAUAGGCAGACUACCACAUUCAACCUAUACUAUAAGCCUAUACCAUAAGUCUUAACAUAUUUUAUAGUGAAACCAAAGGGCUGUGAGAUCUAUAUACAUGCAACAAUUUAAAUGAUUUUACUGAUGACAUUUCAUAUAAGGAAAUAUUCUAUUGAAAUUCAUUCAGCAAUAAUCUAUGGAUUUCACAUGACUGGGCAGGGGUGCAGCCAUGGGUGGCCCUGGGAGGACAUAGACCCACACACUGGGGAGCCAGUCCCAGCCAAUGCCCCCCUAAAAAAUAAGCCCCCAACAAAAGGGCUUAUUACAGAGAAAUACUCCUGAGUUUUCUGCUCUCCGUGUGGCUGGUCUUAAACAAUCCUGCAUUCGAAGCCAGAUGUGGAGGUCCUGGGCUGGUGUGGUUACACAUGGUCUGCGGUUGUGAGGCCGGUUGGACGUACUGCAAAUUUUUGACAACUACUUUGGAGGCAGUUUUUAUGGUAAAGAAAUGAACAUUAAAUUCUCUGGUGGACAUCCCUGCCGUCAUCAGCAUGCCAAUUGCACACUCCCUCAAGACUUGUGACAUAUGAUAACUGCAGAUUAUAUCGGGUGUACCCGUGUAAGGAUCAUGCUGUUUAAUCAUCUUGAUAUCCCACACCUGUCAGGUGGAUGGAUUAUCUUGGCAAAGGAUAAAUGCUCACUAACAAGGAUGUAAACACAUCUGUGCACAAAAUACUCAAACUUUAAGGAGAACAGAAACGGCUUUGCCUACAUUUGAACACUGAGUCUUCCCAAUUUAAGUAGCCUAGUUUUGUUUGACUACUUGACAAGAACUAGAGCCCAUCUCUCGCAGUCCCCCUGUUUCAUUGCAUUCUGGAAGUGUGCAUUGAAUUCGACUAGAUGAAGGGCAGAAAAUGAGCGUAGUGUCCUGGCAUUUAAACAAUACUUGAAAAUGAACACGCUGUAACAUAUUUUUGCGUACUGGUAAUGCGACAUGUGAGAUUGCGUUUGCUAUUUGUUUAUUUUCGGUAGCUCAUUCACAUCUAAUUGAUCAGUUAAUGUCAAAGCCAAAAUGAGUAUGACACCCUGGAUUUAAAGUGCUCGAUUUUCGAAAUGUUACAUACUAUUAAACUUUAUUUUUCUGCGUACUCAUGCGGCCUACUGUUUAGGAUGAAAGUAUAUUCGGUCAUGUGGAGCAGUGAAUUGUACUUGUAUUUGGGCUCUUUCAGUCCUCUUACCUGCCUGUCUUGUCACAUACAAGUAGCCAAGUUUUUUUGGGGGGGGGGGGGGUGUAUGUGAUCGGCAACCUCAAGUCCAGAUUUUCUUGGUUGUGUGGUUCAUCAUUAUGGGUUCUUAAACUUUUUCAGUUGCUCCCCUAGGUCAUUUAGGAAGGUUUUAGUUUGACUUUUGUUACACCCAGCUUUCAUUUAUUUACUCUGAGAUUGUAAUGGAAAUGGCAAACAUGAGCUUUUUAUUUUAUACUUGACAACUGGGUAGGCUGGGAACAGCCUCUACUUUUGUAGAAUGUGACUUUGGUGUAUUGCUAAGAUCAACUAGAACGUGUCAUUUUCAAGCUUUAAUCCACUGGGCUAUUCUUGGGCCGUUGGACAGUUGUGGGACUGGGUUUGGGUCUAUCUGGGUCAUUCACAGCCUAGCUAUUCAUAAAGAGCACUUGGUCACUUCACUUAAUACUAUAGUGUGGCAACUACCAUACACAAGAGGGCACUGUCUCUUUCUCUCUCCUGUACUUUGGAAAGACCUGUGACUCUGUCCAAAAAUGGCAGCCUGUCCCCCCCCCCCCCACCCUCGUGUAUUUUAGGGCUGACCCCAUUUAGUCGAUUGUUUGGUCGAUAGACAAUGUAUGUUGACCGAGAUUUCUUUGGUUGAGCAGCAGCAACAAAAAAUAAGUUAAUGGUGUACAAGACACCUGUCUGGUUCGUGCCUGUCUAAGUGGACAAAUCCAUUAUGGAAGCCCUGUGGGGAUGGCCCAGUCCAUCACUCUCAGACAUGUUCUACUGAAAUUGUGUACUGUUAAGGACAAUGGUGCAGCACUAAAAUUAGAUUUUUUUACUUGCGCUUUCUCCCUCGUUUGCAAGCGGUCGCUGUCAGCGCUUUUGAAAUAUCAGUCCUCCAUUUUAUUUAAAUUAUUUCACCUUUUUAUUUAACCAGAUAGGCCAGUUGAGAACAAGUUCUCAUUUGCAACUGCAACCUGGCGAAGAUAAAGCAAAGUGGUGCGACACACAAACAAGUUACACAUGGAAUAAACAAACGUACAGUCAAUAACACAACAAAGUCUAUAUACGGUGUGUGCAAAUGUUGAAUUGCCGCCUUUUCCCAGACCAUGUUGCUAUGUGCAUAAUAGAAAUGUUAAACGCAUUGGUGUUGAGAGAAAUGCAGCGGAGGCAGCAGCGGAGUUAAGUGACACAACAGCCCUUGCCAUAAUUGACUAGGAAAAGUGAGAGGAAAUCCCAACUUAAAUAGGUAUUUAAUCAAUGGCCUAAAUGUGCUAUAUAUAAAUUCUCUAAGCGGCCUCAAACGGUAGUGUUGUUACCUGUUUGAAUAAUAGCCUACUUAUUCCCAUGUAACCACGUGGAAUAAACAACUUCACAAAUUCGUCUUUUUAUUCAUUGCUAUAUGCUGUAAUAAAGGCGUUACACUUUUUGUUAGAACAGCCGCUGAUAUUAUUUAUUUAGUGUGUACACUGUUCCAUAUGAUCAGAAAGGAUGUAUAAUAACCCCCGAUCUUGAUAUUAGUAUGAUCAUUAUAAUAAGUGAUGUCAUUAUCAUUAGGCUUAGUAUAACAGCCUUGUAUAACCAACAUUGAGCAGUAAGGCCUAAGAGCGCAUCCUGUUUAGUCUUAUUUGUUCAUGUCAUCACACAGUGUACGAGUCAUUCGGAUUUUAAAUGCAAUGAAGCGUAUAAAAAAAAAUAUAUAUAUAUUAUAAUAAUAAAGCAACCGUUGAAUAAUUAGCCUAAACAGUAAAUAAACCGCUCUAUUGCUGCAAUUGCAUUCACAAAUGCAUGCGACUGUUUUUAGUCUUGCUGUAAAAGGCUUUACAAAAAAUACUUUCUGGUAUGCAUAUUUGGUUAGUGUUUACAUUUUUCCAAACGGUCUGAAAUGUUUGGAAUCUAACCGCACCAGUUUGGCACACAUAAUAUGCAUAUAUAUAUAUAUAUAUAUAUAUUCCUUUUCUUGAUCUCCAAGAUUUUCUACAACUAUUCAGUUAUUCCACAUAUGACUUCCCUUUUUCCUGAGCAACCAGUAAACAUUCAUGUUUUGACUUAAUUUGUCAAAUACUCUGCAUCCAUUUUGCUGUCACGUUAAGGAGUUAGUAGUUUCUAACCAAUUUAUUGAUGUGAUUAUGAUAUUGUAUAGGUCAUGCCCAAUUGGUCACGUGCAUGCUAUGCAUAGGCCUACAUGUGUCACGUAAGGAGAGCACGGGUUUAGGGAUUGUUUUAACCUAAACAUUUGGGUAACUGAACUUUUCAUUCAGAAAUAGCUCUAAUUAUGUUGCUGCUUCAGCAACACGGACGAUAAACUGUUCUGUUUGUGGUCGCUGCAGCAGGGAGGAGGACACAACAGGUGCAAGUCAAACAAACACUGUCUUAUAUUUUAUUUUUUUAGUGUGCAGCAGGUCUGAGCCCUGCCCGGCACAAAUCAAUUGUGGUCGGAGUCCCUCUAGUCAUUUGUCGGAAUUAUUUCAUCCAACAGUGUGCUUAAAGCAUCAGACAAGCUCCGUGCAUAUAGUUGAUUUGAUUAAAACACACAAUGUCUAUAUAUGGGAAAAUAUACUUUUUUUUCCCAUUUUGACCUAUUGAUUAGUCGAAAGAACAGACUACUCUCAGUCGACCUAUAUAUAUAUUUUUUGUUGGACAGACCUAGUGCAUUUCAUGCUUCAAGGUAUCAUCAAUCCUCCUGUCUUAUAUCAGUGACAUUCUCAAGCCAGUGACCAGCCAGCCAAUUAUAAAGGGUUCAGUUCACAAGGACUGUGCCAACCUCCUUGGUGUAGCAGUUUGUAUGUAAACGGUGUCUCAUGCAGCAAACUUAGUGUUGGUUAUCUUGGACUGUACGCGUCUUGUGUAGAGAACUACCAUGAGCAGUGAAAUCAGCCCUAGGGCUGUCUAGUGUGUCUGUCUGCACUGUGAUCCAUUUCCCCUCGGGAGUUUCCUCUUUGAGUGGCCAGUCUACUUCUCCGUAUCCCCUUCAGAGUGUGAUGCCAGAACUACCCUCCAGGGCCUCUACUGGAAAGGGCAAUGCCUUUUCCAAACUCGUUCUGCAAGAUCGACGUCGCAAAUGCCCAUCAUGAUGUAUAAGGUGAAAGCGUCUUCAUAGGUGCAACUCCUGACGUUUUGGGGGGUUUGCUAUAACAAUACUUUUCCAGUGUCAACCAAGUCAAGCUUACCUUGCUUUGUAACUGUUUUCAGUCCUCAUGUUUUUGCAUGAUUGGUGUCAUGGCUCUUAUGCAUUUGCCUGUUCCCUCUGGAGUUAAUAAAUGUUGCUAUAAAGUGACGUAGCCUACAUACCUAACUACAGUGGGGAGAACAAGUAUUUGAUACACUGCUGAUUCUGCAGGUUUUCCUACUUACAAAGCAUGUAGAGUUCUGUAAUUUGUAUCAUACGUUCACUUCAACUGUGAGAGACGGAAUCUAAAACAAAAAUCCAGAAAAUCACAUUGUAUGAUUUUUAAGUAAUUAAUUUGCAUUUUACUGCAUGACAUUAGUAUUUGAUACAUCAGAAAAGCAGAACUUUAAUAUUUGGUACAGAAACCUUUGUUUGCAAUUACAGAGAUCAUACGUUUCCUGUAGUUCUUGACCAGGUUUUCACACACUGCAGCAGGGAUUUUGGCCCACUCCGCCAUAUAGACCUUCUCCAGAUCCUUCGGGUUUCGGGGCUGUCGCUGGGCAAUACGGACGUUCAGCUCCCUCCAAAGAUGUUCUAUUGGGUUCAGGUCUGGAGACUGGCUAGGCAUCUCCAGGACCUUGAGAUGCUUCUUACGGAGCCACUCCUUAGUUGCCCUGGCUGUGUGUUUCGCUUCCACGACCCAUCUUCAAUGCUCUUACUGAGGGAGGGAGGUUGUUGGCGAAGAUCUCGCGAUACAUGGCCCCAUCCAUCCUCCCCUCAAUACGGUGCAGUCGUCCUGUCCCCUUUGCAGAAAAGCAUCCCCAAAGAAUGAUGUUUCCACCUCCAUGCUUCACGGUUGGGAUGGUGUUCUUGGGGUUGUACUCAUCCUACUUCCUCCAAACACGGCGAGUGAGUUUAGACCCAAAAGCUCUAUUUUUGUCUCAUCAGACCACAUGACCUUCUUUCCUCUGGAUCAUCCAGAUGGUCAUUGGCAAACUUCAGGCCUGGACAUGCGCUGGCUUGAGCAGGGGAACCUUGUGUGCGCUGCAGUAUUUUAAUCCAUGACGGCGUAGUGUGUUACUAAUGGUUUUCUAUGAGACUGUGGUCCCAGCUCUAUUCAGGACAUUGACCAGGUCCUGCCGUGUAGUUCUGGGCUGAUCCCUCACCUUCCUCAUGAUCAUUGAUGGCCCACGAGGUGAGAUCUUGCAUGGAGCCCCAGACUGAGGGUGAUUGACUGUCAUCUUGAACGUCUUCCAUUUUCUAAUAAUUGCGCCAACAGUUGUUGCCUUCUCACCAAGCUGCUUGCCUAUUCUCCUGUAGCACAUCCCAGCCUUGCGCAGGUCUACAAUUUUAUCCCUGAUGUCCUUACACAACUCUCUGGUCUUGGCCAUUGUGGAGAGUUUGGAGUCUGAGUGUGUGGACAGGCGUCUUUUAUACAGGUAGCGAGUUCAAACAGGUGCAGUUAAUACAGGUUAUGAGUGGAGAACAGGAGGGCUUCUUAAAGAAAAACUAACAGGUCUGUGAGAGCUGGAAUUCUUACUGGUUGGUAGGUGAUCAAAUACUUAUGUCAUGCAAUAAAAUGCAAAUGAAUUGCUUAAAAAUGUGAUUUUCUGGAUUUUUGUUUUAGAUUCAAUCUCUCACAGUUGAAGUGUACCUAUGGUAUAAAAAAAAAUAGACCUACAUGGUUUGUAAGUAGGAAACACUGCCGAUUUUGCAGGUUAUCAAAUACUUGUUCUCCCCACUAUGUCAAAAUUUACUUUAAGAAAAAUUGUAAUGUCUGACAUUAAUUGGCACAAGUUCUUUUAACAUUUUUAAACAUUCUGUCAUUUACAUCUAGUGCAUGCAUGUACUGUAGGUUUUGUAAUUUAAAUUCCAAAAAGCCUAAUCCACUUUCAAGUCCUCUACAUCCCUGUAGUUUAGCACUCAUAUCUACAGUUAUUUGUGUACUAGUGUCUUAGGAUACAUUUUCAAAAUUCAUAGCUUUGAGCUCAUUGUUUCUCUCUUACUGCAGGGGCCUCGAGUGAUUGUAGGAGGCUGAGGAGCUGCUCCUGGUUUAACAUAUGGUUAACUGAAUAGACUGAUGUCUGUUCAAACCUGUGCAGGGGCGCCUCUGGUCCAUCCUAAAACAAGGAUGUGGUCUAUCCUAAAGCAAGGAAAUGGAUCUGCAGAACCAGGCAGAAGUGAAGUGUGACGACGCCCCAGCAUCCAACCAGCAGAAAAGCUAGAAGUUCAACAGGAGACUUUAAAUACAAUUUUUUUAUUUUCUGCACAAAAUUGCAAUAAAAGGUUAAACUUG